GAUUUGGUAUUCGUAAUAAAUUUGCAGAGGCAUCAAAACUGAAAGUUAGAAUAUCAAGAUUUAUCCUUCAUUAGGAUAAAAUAUAGAUUAAAACAGAUAAAAAAACGUUGAUAAAAGAACGAGUUAUAAGACCAAGUUUAAAUCAGACGAAAUUUCUCUUUAACAAAUUUCCAACCGUCUAAUGAAAUCAAAAUUUCUUGCAAAGUGUAUUAGUACACAGAUGUUCAAAUUUGACCGAAGAGGUAAAAUUUUAAAUCGUUAUACGAUCUAGAGCAAUAGAUAAGUUUUCAGACUGGGUAUUACCCAAUCAUUUGGUUUAUAUUGCUUCAGCAGCACAGUGGCAGAGUGUUCGCUUGGAGUGUGUAAGGUCUAGGGUUUGAUCUAGACAAGCUUACUGUCACUGAGUGGCAGCUUUUUAAUUUCUGACUUUUGCAGCCACCGCAGUUUGACCGUCACAAUAUAAAACAAACUGUAUACAUAGGAUUAGUUCUACUAGGGUUUGAUCCCCAUCAACGAAAGACAUGAAGUAACUCCCUUGCUUGGCACUCAGCAUUUAAAGAGUUGUGCCAUGAUGUAAAAUAAGCACAGGUAUUUAGUAUUGACCCUCUGAAUUAUCAUGAAGGUUUCAUGGGCGCCGCUGGACAAAAAUAAGUUCCUGACUUACACUAACAGUAUCAUUAAUCUAUAUGAUACACGAUGUAUCCAGGGAGAACCAAUACCUAAAGGCAGUCUACACAUAUCUGAUGACUUGUAUGCUACAAGUCUGGCAACUUUGUCAGAUGUCCAUUUAACAAAGUGUGUUGAAUGGUAUCCAGGGACAACCAGUGACCACCUUAUAGCCAUUGGUCAAGCUAAUGGCAAAGUCCUUCUCUCAAAUUUUGGAAGAAAAGGAACAAGUGAGUUGAUUGGGAAGGAAUUCAUACCCAAGCACUUGAGACAUUGUGUAUACCUGGCAUGGAAUCCUGUACACCAUAACCUGUUAGCUGAAGGACUUGAUAAACAUAGAAAUGAUUGUUGUAUCAGUAUAUGGGAUGUUAACACUCGAGUGAACUCUGACCUACCUAGUGUCACCGAGCGACAGAGAUACAGCUCAAAUCUUGCUGAAAAUGCUGUCAAUAAACCAUAUUCGGAGAUUGGUAUGGGUGAAACAACGUCAUCAUUUGCUUGGUUCAACAAAGAGCCGAGAACAUUCAUCACAGGGAUAAAUGGGAAAUGUCUGCGAGUUUAUGAUUUACGAGAUGUAACAAAACCCCAUCUUGUGUCCCACACAAAGUACGUACAUGGUGUAUGUUCAGAUCCGUUACAUGAAUCAAGGGUAGCUGCAUAUUCUGAGAACCAUGUGUCUGUAUGGGAUGUUAGGAACUUUGAUAAACCGACAUUAACUUUACCUACAGAUAGAGCCAUCUUAAAGAUAGACUGGUGUCCAACAAGGCCAGGAUUUCUUGCGGCACUGUGUCGAGACAGUUCUGUGGUGAAGCUAUAUGACAUACGGCACAGCGUUAUAGGACCAGACGAACUGGAACCUGUCACAUUUGAAAGAAAUAUUCAACCAUACAGACAACAUCAGGUGGUAUAUUUUGCCUGGCAUCCGACAUGUGAGAAUAGAAUCAUCACAGUCACACCAACUGGCAACCUAAAAGACAACCAGAUCUAUGAAAAACUACCUAUGAGUUUAUCACCUUGUAUGAAAUUAUCCUGGGUGUUUAGUCGGAAGAUAAGUAUACAGGAUUGUGGAACAGAAUUAGACAUGGCAGCCCGAAUCAAACUGAGGGCUCUACAGGGAUACGGUUUACAUAGUACAGAAUUAUGGAACAAUGCAGUUGUCGUGGCAGAUGAACCACACCUUCAUGCACUAUGGCACUGGCUAGACUUAUCAACAGCUAUCUUACAUGCUGAUGAAGCUCCGAAGAAGCCAAGGUCUUCCCGGUAUAUCGGUGUGCUUGAUUUACUAGCUCAGGAGCAGGCAAACCGGCCUUGUGACUUUGCGCUGAAUUGUUGGCAGUACCCAGAUGGACUGAAAAGUAAUAGUCCAGAAAGAAAAUUGGUGUACCAGUAUAAAAGUGAAGCCAGGUCUCGGGCACUGCAGUUUUGUGGAUGGUGUUGGUUCGGCAAGGAACAGAAUGAUCCCAUUGACCCACUGUCAUCACUCUUGAAUUGUCUGGUCAGUGAGAACCAUGAGUAUGAGAGAGCAGCAGCCAUUGCAUUGUUCAACUUAAAAAUAGGAACAGCGGUCAAAAUACUCAGUUGUGAAACAGCUGUUAAAGAAAAUCCUGUGUUAAGUAUGGUUGCCAUGGCAUUGUCAGGUUUUACAGAGGAGAAGAAUGCACUGUGGCGUAAAACCUGUACAGAUCUGAGUCAGACGUUAGAACAUCCGUAUCUCCGAGCAAUGUUUGCAUUCCUUGCUAGCGAUAAAGACAGCUAUGAUGAUGUUCUGAAAGGUGACCCAUGUAUGGCUGUAAAAGAUCGUGUAGCAUUUGCGUGUAUAUAUCUAAAUGAUGCCAAGUUGUCCAGCUACCUCAGUGAACUCUCCAAACACUUAAAAGAGACAGGCAAUCUAGAUGGUAUAUUGUUAACUGGUUUGACAAAUGAAGAAGGUCUUCAGUUACUGAGUAAAUACGUGGAUUAUACAUGUGAUGUGCAGACAGCGGCACUCGCUGUUAUAUAUAGCUCACCUAGUGAGUUAAGUAAAGAUGAACUUGUGUUAACCUGGAUUGAGAGCUAUAGAGAAUUACUAGAUAGAUGGCAGCUCUGGCACCAGAGGGCUAAAUUUGACAUAAUACGACAUUCUGUUGAUAAAACACGAGUGCCGAGUCAGGCAUUUGUUAGUUGUAACUUUUGCGGAAAAACGAUUGCGUGCAAUAUGGCAUUGGCGGCAAGGUCAAGGCCAAGUGCCUACAGCAGUCUGCCACCAACCAACAGACCAAAGAUUACAUGUUGUCCUGGAUGUAGGAAACCUCUGCCUCGCUGUGCUCUGUGUCUGACAAAUCUUGGAACACCCUCAGGCUCCGGUCUGUGUCUAAUCAAGGACAAAUCAGAGUAUGAAGGAAAGUUAUCUUCAUUUGAUAGUUGGUUCACCUGGUGUCAGACAUGUCGUCAUGGCGGCCAUUCUUCCCAUGUCACAGACUGGUUUGCAGAACAUGUGGAAUGUUCCGUGACUGGUUGCCAGUGUAAAUGUAUGACAUUAGAUCCAAAUAGUCAGCUGAUGGCAGAAACUCCAAAUUUACAGCUGAUAGAGGCUGAUACCUGAUAGUACCUGACGUGAUAAUUUUAUAGUAAAAAUAUUAAGUUAUCGGCGAAACAAAAAUUAAUGUAUGGUAAAAGUGGCCAAGAUAAUUCGACCAGUGUUGCAGGUUCUGGUUGAAUUCUUGAAAACUUGAUGAAUUUGGAGUUAAGAGAUUUGCUUGCUUCGCAGUAUUGGAUAAGCCGUUUGAUGAAUUUUAGUGCAAUCGGUAUACUUGAUUCUUAACCCUUAUCAUGCCGGACCCCAAUUGAUUCUGCCUUUGCUACCAGUGCAGAUCAUGGGUCAGCCUGCAAAUAUGUGCAGUCUGAUCAUGAUCUACACUGUUCGCCAUUCAGUCAGAAUCUUUAAUCUUUUAGGUAUGCACCCCUUUUAACAGUUAAUGGUACUGUCCAAAUUGAAAGAUGGACAAGUUCAUUAUAGAAAUUAAGCAGGGUAAGGGUUAGGUAUCUCCUCACCAUUGCCGUUAUUUAGCUUACACAGUAAACAGAUUAUUUAGGGAACAAAUUAUCAGAUACAGUUACAGAUACAUAAUGACAAUUGACAAUUUUGUUUUAAAACUACAUACUCCCAUUGCUAUAUUGGCAUUCUUCGGCUGUAGAUGUUGUCCGUCAAGCACAUGGCUUUCUGUCAAGACACUAAAAUGCUACAAUUGCAAAUGCUAGAAUUGCUUAUGGAGAUUACACAAUUGAAUGAGGAUUACCCAUUGUCAUUUUGGGUUCACUUUUUUAAUUCUUUUAAACAAACAUAAUAAUUAUGCACUUGCGAAAUACAUGUAAAACUUAAUGUAGUUGCACGCAGGCUUGUUUUCUUGCAAGCACUUAAGUCACUUCGCUAUUUAAUUCAUGUUUUUUUUUCAUUUUGUUAAUUUUAAAAAGACAUUUCAUGAAGAUGAAUAGACUUCAAUACAAAAAUGGUCUGUGAGGAAGAUGAAAUUUCAAGUAGUUCAGUAUGCUCACAAUCCACUUCAAGAGUAAUGGGUAUACCACAUACUGGUUAUGUUGGUCUGUUGGUAAACCAAUAGAUUUUCAAGCAGUUAGUCUCUUAGGAGUACUUGAGCCUAUGAAUAUCAAACUUCAUAAGAUAAUCCCAGGUUUCUGAUAAAUAACUGGAGACCGUUGAACUUUUAGGAUGACUGGAAAGUGGAUGAUCCCUUUCAUUUUUUGUUGGUAAAUCAAAGGUCAAGGUCACAUUGAGCACAAGAUUCAAAAUGGUUUCCGUAAAGUGGUUGUGUAACUUCAUAUGACAAUUGCCUGUUGUUGGUAGAUGAUGCCUUUUUGUUAUUGGGUUUAAAGAAAACUUAAUUGACAUCUGCAAAUGGUUUCUGAUCAAUAAAUUGGAGAAUAUUUUGACCCAAGAAUCAGGUGAUGAUCCAAAUUUUUUUAGGGACUUUAGAUCAAAGAGCUUCAGGCUGCAAAAGGUUUCCCAAAUGAAUAACUGAAGAAUAAUUGGGCACACCAAGGUCUUUCUUUGAUUUAUCAUGAAAUACAAGAAAUACAAAUAUUAUUAUGUCUCCCACCACACAGUGGUGUUGGAGACAUAUUGAUUUACUCCAGUCUGUCUGUCUGUCUGUGUGUCUGUCACAAAGCUUGUCCGCACUCUAAGUCGAACAUUUCUCAUCCGAUUUUCACCAAACUUGAACAAAAUGUGUUUGACCAUAAGACCUCGGCCAAGUUCGAUAACUAGCCAAAUUGGUCUAGGCAUUUUGGAGUUACUGCCCUUGAAUUAUCGAAAAAUUGGCCUUUUUACUCAUGUCCGUACUCUUAAUCGAACAUUUCUCAUCCGAUCUUCACCAAACUUGAACAAAAUGUGUUUGACCAUGAGACCUCAGCCAAGUUUGAUAACUAGCCAAAUCGGUCCAGACAUUUUGGAGUUACGGCCCUUGAAUUAUCGAAAAAAUUGGCCUUUUUACUCGUGUCCGCACUCUUAAUCAAACAUUUCUCAUCCGAUCUUCACCAAACUUGAACAAAAUGUGUUUGACCAUGAGACCUCGGCCAAGUUCGAUAACUAGCCAAAUCAGUCUAGGCAUUUUGGAGUUACGGCCCUUGAAUUAUCGAAAAAUCGGCCUUUUUACUCUCUCUAAGUCAAACAUUUCUCAUCCGAUCUUCACCAAACUUGAACAAAAUGUGUUUGACCAUGAGACCUCGGCCAAGUUCGAUAACUAGCCAAAUCGGUCCAGGCAUUUUAGAGUUACGGCCCUUGAAUUACCGAAAAAAUCCGUCUGUUUACUCUUGUCCGCUCUCUAAGUCGAACAUUUCUCAUUCGAUCUUCACCAAACUUGAACAAAAUGUGUUUGGCCAUAAGACCUUACCCAAGUUCGAUAACUAGCCAAAUCCGCCCACGCACUUUUGAU